CCCAGAGACAGACGGGCAGAGAGAACUUCUUCGCGUAGAGAGACGAAAGCCUCCCGGUGUACUGUCUUGUAGAACAUCAUGAAACCCUAGCUAUUCUCUCUUAAGCAAAUCGAAUAUUUUGUUUAACCGAUUCUACUGUGCCAAGCAGCGGAUCGAGCUCGCCGAGACCUUUCAUUUGAUCCUAUUUUUGCCCCCGACGGAAGAAUUUCCGAUCGGAUUGGACUACAUUUUCUGUCCGGAGCGAGUUUGUGGCGCAUUCUUUUUAAUUCGGCGACUGCAUUUGGAGAAAUUGAAAGUUCUGAUAUUCGGUCGGGUUUUGUUGAGGAGACAGAGAGGUCCAGUUUAUCAAUGGCGGUUUAGUUGGUCUUGGAGGCGGAGAUAUCGCAUGGAUGAUCAAGGUGGAUCAUUUGUAGCUGUUAGGAGGAUUUCGCAAGGGCUCGACCGAGGCAACGCGUGCCAUUCGACUUCUGACUUGGAAUUCCAUUUUCAUAUGGUGAUAGCUGUGCCCUUUACAGCUGAGGUUGUAGCAGGAUCAGCAGCAUGGCUUGGCAGAGGUCUUUCUUGUGUUUGUGCCCAGAGGAGCGAGAGUGAAGCCCGCCUGUCAUUUGAUUUGACUCCUGCCCAGGAGGAAUGCUUACAGAGGCUGCAGAAUCAUAUAGAUGUUGCCUAUGAUGGUUCAAUUCAAGAACACCAGGAAGCUUUGAGGGCUUUGUGGAAUGCUGCUUUUCCUGAAGAACAAUUUUGUGGUUUAAUAUCCGAACAGUGGAAAGAAAUGGGAUGGCAAGGAAAAGAUCCAUCUACAGACUUCAGGGGUGGUGGUUUUAUAUCACUGGAGAACUUGCUGUACUUUGCUAGGAAUUUUCCAAAAUCCUUCCAGGAUCUUCUUCGAAAGCAGGAAGGUGAUCGGGCUAUAUGGGAAUAUCCAUUUGCAGUUGCUGGUGUGAACAUCACAUUCAUGCUUAUUCAGAUGCUUGACCUUGAAGCAGUAAAACCACGGACAGUGGUGGGUGCAACAUUCUUGAAGUUUCUUGCAGGAAAAGGUUUAUAUGGAGCAACCACCUGGUUUUGUUGCUCAGGGAGAGUCUAAUGUAGUUUGCAAACUCAAAAAGUCUCCCUAAGGUCUGAAACAAUCUCCAUGGGCGUGGUUUGGCAGGUUCAACACUUUGGUUCAAGCCUUUGGUUUCACUCGAAGUGAAGCUGAUCAUUCGGUUUUCUAUUGCCAUUCUUCUUCCUUAUGUAUCUACCUUGUUGUUUAUGUGGAUGAUAUUGUUAUCACAGGGUAUGAUCAUCUACAUUAGCACUUUCAGACCAAAUACCUAGGCCGACUUCGGUAUUUCAUGGGUAUUGAAGUUGCUCAGUCAAGAGGUGGUAUCUCAAUUUCUCAGAGGAAGUAUGUCAUUGACAUCCUAGAAAAAACAAGUAUGGUGAACUACAACACCCCAAUGGAUCCAAAUGUUUGACUCUUUCCAGGACAGUGGGAGCUUUAUUCAGAACCCUGGUAGGUAUAGGAGACUGGUAGGCAUGUUGAACUAUCUCACAGUCAUUCGUUCCGACAUUGCUUUUGUUGUGAGUGUAGUUAGUCAGUUCUCCACGUGAUUCUCAUUGGGAUGUUGUUAUUCGGAGUCUGAGAUAUAUCAAAAAAGUGUUAGGUAAAGGGUUACUCUAUGAGAAUAAAGGACACACAGAUAUUUGUUGUUAUACAGAUGUAGAUUGGGCAAGAUCUCCUUUUGAUCGUCGGUCAACCGUUGGGUAUUGUGUUCUUGUGGGAGGAAAUCUGAUUUCUUGGAAAAGUAAGAAAUAUAAUGUAGUAGCUAGAUCAAGUGCAGAGGCAGAGUAUCGGGCUAUAACUAAUGCAACUUGUGAGCUCAUCUGGCUUAAACAACUACCGCACGAACUCAAGUUUUGUGAAGUGUCUCCUAUGAAGCUUAUUUGUGAUAAUCAUGUUGCCUUACACAUUGCUUCCAAUCCAGUGUUCCAUGAGCGAACUAAGUAUAUUGAAAUCGAUUGUCACUUUAUUAGAGAAAAGUUGGUUGAAGGUAUUAUUGUUACAGAGUUUGUUGACUCCAAUGAUCAACUUGCAGAUGUCUUCACCAAGUUUCUAAAGGGUUCUCGAGUGGAAUAUAUUUCUAAUAAGCUUGGUGCAUAUGAUAUCCAUGUUCCAGCUUGAGAGGGAGUGUUAGAAUUAUUAGUAUAAUUGUAAUUAUUAUAUGUUUGUGUUUUAUUUUGUAAUUAGAUAAGCUCAUAGGUGUUUAAGACCCGUUAUGCCUAUUAUAAAUAACAAGUUAAGAGAGGUUAAUUUCUUAGGUUUUUCUCUCAUAAUUAUUUUUCCACAAUAUUGUCUAUAUGAGGGCUUAUUUGUUGCCAAAUCCUCCAAUGAUUAAAAAACUAGCUGUUGGAAAACUAAUUUACCAAAUACCUUUCAUUAUCUCAUUCUAGACAACUAACACAAAUAGAGAAAAAACACAGUUGGGUUUCGGUUCCGAUUCUUGACGGUUU